AUGAUUAUUAAACUUGCACAGAUAUAUGGAAAAGAACAAAAUGGAAGUAAAAAAUGGAUGCAGAAAUGUUGCUUGUUUUUCAGUUGCACAGUUCUGAGUGGAGGUGCAUUACAACUCCAUAACGUGAAUCGUUCUAUGGUUGAACGCUAUGUUUGUAUCGCUCGGAAGGAUUGUUUAUUUUAUUCCCAUAGGCUUGAUUAUUCGAGUUGGUAUUCCCUUGACAUGUUCAACAGCGUAUUUUGGGGAGGAAUUGCUACCGCCGUGCUUGUCUGCUCGUUUUCUUUUCUGCUGAACAUAACGUGGAUUUUGACUAGGAAGAGCAUACUUUGGUGGAUUCAACGUGCGGAACGUCUGUCUCGAGUGCGAAAGAUGGUUGAGGCAAUGGAAAAGUAUCGUACAUGGAAAAUGGAAAGUUUACAUGAGAAGUACACACGGAAGUUGAACUUAGUUCGAGAGAACUACCACGCCCAGGUGGAGCAGCUUCGAAAUUCGUACAGCUCACAGGCAGAAAAGUUUCGAGACUAUCGUGCUGCUCAAAUGGAGAACAUGUCUACCCAUUUGGAGAACAUUCGAGAGAAUUACAACCAGCAGAUGCACCGCGUAAGAGAAUAUGGAUCACGACGUGCGGAACAGUUAUGGGAGAGUUAUGAACGGCAGGUGAAUCGGAUGAAAGCGUUCAGUUUACAACACAGACUUAAAUUGAUGAGGCAGUAUAAAGUGAAACAAAAGUACUUGAAUAAUCUUCUGGAGUCGUUCCAACAAACAACCUCUAGUCCCGAAGAGCAAGAGGUACGAGCCGCUCUUGAGCUUAUUGAUCCUACUGAAUCACCAGCAGAGAAUCAUCCGCUUUCCCAUGCAUCGUCUUUCUACUCUCUUCCAGAGUACGUAGUCGAUGACAAUGAUGUGUUGAGACCAAGUGCAAGCCAUGCUCGGUGUGUUUCCAUAAUCAUUUUUAUUUUUUGGAAAUGCAGUGAGUUAUUGCUUUUAUUCUAUCUCGUCUUUUCAGUUUCAAUGUUGAUACAUUACCAAGUGCUGCGUUCAUCUAGUUUCUAA